GUUAGGACGGAGCUGGUUUCUAACAAAGAUAUGAGACUCCAUUGCUGGAAUGUAGAGAAUGAAAACAAUGUCAUAUUAUGAACUUGAGAAAAGUCUUACAUAUUUUUAUUGUUCCACUUACAGAUUGUGUUUUUAAAUGUGUGUUAGUUGGUUGGUUUCUUUUUCAGAAAACCCCCCAGCUUUCCCAGAGUGUUGCUUAGAUAUUUACUUAUGAAACCAUGUGUAUCAAUUAUUGUUUGUAUAAAUGUGAAUUUAUUAUUUGAGUAUCGAUGCUGAAGGUUUUGGAGUAUAUUUCCUUUUUACUUUUUAUUUAUUUGUAUCCUUUCUAGAAGGAAGGAGCUUGUUUCUAACCAAGAAACAAAAUGAUCAAUAAGAUUUGGACAACAACAACAACAAAGAUUUGUUAUACAGGCGUACCUCAGCUUAAGUCGUUUCAAUUUAAGUCGUUCUCGAUUAUACAUCAGAUUUCAAAAAUAAUAUAUAAACAGAAAUCAAGGUGUUUCCGUUUCCGUCAGUUGCUUCACCUUGGUCGCCAUGUCCCUGGAACGCUACUUCGCCAUCUGCCAUCCUCUCUACUCGCGCCAAUGGCAGACCCUGUCGCAUGCUUACAAGACUAUUGCCGCUUGCUGGCUACUCGCCUUCGCUGUGGUCAUUCCCAUAGCCAUAUACACCAAACUGGUGUCCACCUGGAAUGGUCAGAUACAUUUUUGCAGAGAGAUAUGGCCGACUAAACUGGGCAGCCAAUCGUACACCGUUUUUCUCGACUGGAUCCUCCUGAUUGUACCCAUUCUCAUCAUGUCGUGUUCAUACGGACUAAUUGUACGGACAUUGUGGUUAGGCAUCAAAAUGGACGAAAAAAUUCAAAAAGAUGCAGAGAAGAGCAAAAAGAAGGAAAAAGAAAAUGUAAAGAUGAUCGUGUGCAAUGAAACGACUAAGAUAAACCAAGGAGGUGACCUAAAGAAGCAUGCUAAAAAAUAUACCGAAAAUAACCCGCGUCAUGAUGGCGCCGACCGGAAACAGAUAUCGAAACGAAACCCUAAACGUAAGUGUAACCAGAGUGUAACCCCAAACCAUAAUUCCAAUUUGAAUUUGAGUUCCUCCUCGCAGCAUCGGAAACAUCGGCGCUUGACCGGUGGAGGGGGAGUACGUCAGUCAAACAUGGGGAAGAGUGUGACCACCAAGAAACGCGUUAUUAAAAUGCUGUGUGUGAUUGUGCUUGAGUUUUUCGUCUGUUGGUGUCCUCUCUUUUGCGUUCAGACCUGGAAGGCCUUUGACCCACGAGGUAUCCGCCGUCAUUUGACGGCCGUCGGAAUGAAUUCUAUUUAUCUGCUUGCUUAUCUCUCGUCCUGUUGUAAUCCGAUCACUUAUUGCUUCAUGAACAAGAGCUUCCGCAAGGCUUUCCUGGCAACGUUCCACUGCGUCACGAAACGCCUGCCCGGUGGCAAGGACCAGCAGCGACACCGGCACCAGCAGCUGCAGUUGUUGCAACUUGAAAUGCAGGAUCAGCAACAACAACAACAACAACAGCAGCAGCAGGAGAAGGAUCAGCAGCUACAACAAAAACAAAAAGAACAAGAAUACGAAGAACAGCAGCAGCAACAACAACAACAACAACAACAUCGGCAUCUUUUACAACAACAUUGCCAUCUCGAAAAACAACACGACCUCGAAAGCGAAGUGUCUACUGAGACGACGAAAUUUGAACCGGAGAAUACCAGCACCGAAGCUGAUACUGUUGAGACAUUCGACAAUGACGAUGACGAUGACGAUGCUGUCAACACCUUCAGCAGUGAUUCAGAGAGUUUCUCCAAACAAUCAGACUAAAAAAACAAAAAGACAAUAAUGAACAUUUUGGGACAUCUCAAUUUUUAUUAUUCCUUUCUUAUUCUCUUCUCGUUUGUUCUUGGCUUCUUCUUUUCUUUACCUUUUGUAUUUUUAUUUUCUUCUCCCAUUCUCAGCUUCUCUCUUUUUCCCAAGUUUUUCUUCCUUUUCUCCCCUUUUUCGCUUUCUUCUUUUUUCUCCAACAUUUCUCUCCUCUCCCCCUCUUUUUUUUCAGUUUCUCUCCUUUUCCCUCCUCUUUUUCCUUCUUUAUCUACUCUUUCUCACCUUACCACCUCUCUGUUAUCUUUCUUUCACUCUACUUCUCUCUAACGCCACCAUUCACCUCACCACACACACACACACAUAUAAUCUUAUAAACCAUUCCAUAAAAAAACAAUAUUGUUCAAAAUUCUCAGAUCAAUGCAAAAAAUACAGACCAUUCCUUAUAAUUAUUAUUAUCGCCAUUUCAGACUCGAUAAAAAAAAAAGGAGAAAAAAACAGUAAUACACUGGGAUUUAAUUAAUUGACUCCGUCAAAAACUUUUCAAGAGUGAAAAGGUAAGUGUAAGCAUAUAACUGACAAUUAAAGGGAGUUAACUCAUUCGAGUAAGUUCAAACGAAUGAAGUGACAACUAUCUGUGUAAUUUCCACAAUUUUAUAAAGGCAUUGUUUAUUAAAGUAAUUGAUCUGGUGACACGUUACACUUGCUUCUGGAAUUGGUUAACAAGUUUUGAUAUCGGAAAAGUUGAUUGCAAUACAAUUGAUCGAAAGCAGCUGCUUGUAAAAUACAAUUUGCCGAGUAUUUGCAAAAUACUAAAAAUAGGAAAAAUACUCUAUUUGUGUAUCAGUCGCCAUGUCCGGUUAGUUCACCGUCAUCAAUUCAUGUUAUUUCUUUUUUAUUUGCCUUUUUUUUGUCAAAAUAGUUUUUAAUUAUUAAUGGUAAGAUACUAAACAGAUAUUUUCUCGGUAAACUUUCCUCACAGUGAAUUCGAUGGUGAUGAACCUGUAAUCAUCAAUCGAACUGUUUCCCAAUUGAUUUUAACUUAAAAACAAAAAAAUAGGGUGUGAUUUAUAUAUGGGCUAAAGCUUUGGUUCGUGUAUAAAUCACAACCCCGUUUCCAAGCCAAUGCAGUAUGUAUGUAGGUAGGUAUAUACGUUUGUGUGUGUGUGUGUGUGUGUAGUUGACCAUAAUGUCUAAACAGAGUAGAAAAUAUAAAAUAUAUAAAUGGGAAUCAACUUUUUCGAUAAAAUGUCGCAUAAAUAUAUAACUGUGAACAGACAGUUGGAGUCUGGACAGCUCUCCGGCUUGCCAACUCCCUGUCAAACCGUUCAACCCAUGCCAGCAUGGAAAGCAGACGUUAAAUGAUGAUGAUGAUGAUGAUGAAUUGAAUGGCGUUAAGUCUUUCUUUUGUAAACAGAAUCGCUUAAUAUUUUACUGUAAACUUAAUUACACACAGAAACACGUGUGCCAUGUUUAGGUUUUCAGUUCAAAAAACACUUCUCUUGGGGCCAUCCUAUUGCCUUGUGAAUUUAACAGACGGAAAUUGUAUGGAAGUCCAUCGUAUAUAUAUAUGUACAGUAAUCCCUUGCCAUAUCGCGAUUCAUUAUUUAAGUUUACAUCAAUUCCUCUGUGGUGUUGUUUUGCAUUUAUAAUAAAAUAAAUAUAUACAUGUGGUAAGUAGCUUCUUCUAGCACAUUAGCAGUCCACCUAGUGGCCUCCUUUAUACAUAUUUUUAUAUAUACAUAUACAAUAAUCGUUUGAGAUCUCAGAUAAUUUUCCUGAAUCUCCCUGAUUCUUUUAAUGUGCUUGUUACCUGGUACUAAAUUGAUAUUAAUUAAUAUCCAAUUUUUUACCCCAUUGUUUAAUUUAUAUAUAUGUGUGUGUGUGUGUGUGUGUGUGUGUGUGUGUGUCUCCCAGUAUCGCUUGACAAUGGUGGUGUGUUUGCGUCCCCGUAACUUAGCGGUAGAUAAAAGAAACCGAUAGAAUAAGUACUAGGCUUACAAAGAAUAAGCUCUGGGGUCGAUUUGCUUGACUAUAAAGUCGGUGCUCCAGCAUGGCCGCAGUCAAAUGACUGAAACAAGUAAAAGAGAGAGUACAGUACUGUUUCUAUUUCGCGGAUUUUCACCUAUCACGGUGAGUUUUGGAACUUAACACCUGCAAUAGUCAAGGGAAUACCAUAUAUGUGUGGGCUUGUCCCUCCCACCAUGUAACAACCAGUAUUGGUUUGUUUAUAUCCCUGUGACCUAGUUGUAAACGAGCAUCAUUGUCAUACAAAUGAGGUUGUUCGUUUCAACUCUUCAAUGAAAAAUAUAUCUGGCCGUGGGAAAACACCUACGUUGCCUGGAAACAAGUCAGGGUUGGCGACAGAAAGGGCAUCCAGCUGUAGAUGUUCCAUAAACAAUCUUGCCUGGACUUGUUCCUAGGAAGGGAACUGUCUAGGCGCAAUCCCAUGGCCUUUCAGAACCGACAGGGGUCAUUACCCUUUAUUAUAAUUUAUAGUCGACAACUUCCCUGUCUGGGUGUAAUUUCUCAGAUAACUUCCAAGACCUGCCUGACAUAGACAGACACACCCACACUCGUUACACGUUAAACCAGGCUGCGUACCAACAUACUCAGGCAAAUUUUCAUCAAGACCCUAAUGAGGAUCUCUCUAGCCGUUCAUACACAACCCAACCUUUGUUCAAUUUCUUUCCUUCCAUCACACACUGCUUUUCUCCAGUGUCUUCUUCAUUCAAUCUUCACAUUUUUAUGUGAAGAUGACUCUUAUCUAUUCUUUGGACACAGUUUGAAAAUCCAGAAUUGGCAAAAUGUUAAUGCUGUCAAUUAAUGUCUAUUUUCCAUGCUGGCAUGGGUUGGAGGAUCUGACAGCAGCUGGUGAAGACAGAAAGCAGAACCAGGUUCCAUUCUUCUUGCAGGAGUUCUAUGGCUGGAUGCCCUUCAAAUUGCCAACCACUUUACAGAGUGUACUAGAUGCCUUUUAUGUAACACCAUGGAGCUGGUAGGGCCGGGAGUUGUACCUCGUUCCAUUGUCUGUUGUGGCAAAGGUUCUAUGCUUGGAUGCCCUUCCACUUUACAGAGUGCCAACCACUUCACAGAGUGGACUGCGUGCUUUUUAUGUGGCACCAACACACACACACA